CUUUUUUUUCUCUUUUCUUUUUUUCAUAUGUUUUCAACUAUUUGAAUGUGUGUUUUUCAAUGUAAACCUGUUCUUGGUUUCUUACCAAUACGAUUUAUACGCAUCUUCAAUAAAAGACACACUUCAACUUCCAAUCUUGAUAAAAAGAAAAAGUCAACCUUUGGUAAUACGUCAAUUCAACAAAAGUUUUCAAUGGAACAAAAAGAAACCUCAUCUUCUUCCAAGCAACUUCAAGGUAGUAGAGAAGAACAUUCAACUCAUGAUAAAAAAUACCGUCAUUUAAGAUCACGAUCAUCCCAGCAGUACAAAAAGUCAAGGCCUACUCAUUUUUUAUCAUUUCCAAUUGUGUCACCUUCUGUUGCUAGCAAUUACUCAAGAUUAUUACUUGAAUCACCCUCCAUGCCGUCAUCUUUGGACCCUCUUGCUGUGAUUCCAUAUGAAAACUUACAUAUCACUUUGGGUGUCCUUCAUUUACCAACUCAAGAAGAUGUCUUACAAGCAACAAAUCUAUUACGUGAUCAUUGUGCCAAUAACGUCAUUCAACAACCUCUUGUGAUUGAUCUUCAUGGACUGGACGUGAUGCAAGCCAAUCCAAAAAUUGCCCAUGUGCUUUACGCUCGAGUUCGGGAUAGAUCACAAACAAGAUUCUUUCAUGGUUUAUGUGAUUCCUUACGUCAAAUAAUGAUAAAUUCAGGUUAUAUGGAAAAAGAACAUCGUCCAUUCAAACCUCAUGUUACUUUAAUCAAUACAAUCUAUGGCAAAAAUUUACCACCCCCACCCCCACCAUCAUCAUCAACAGUUUUAGCCGUAGAAGAAGAAGAAACAUGUCGCGAUACCAGUAUGGAAGGUAGGAAUGGAUUUAGUCGAACAAUAAUGACAACAUCAUCAACAACAACAAGAACAAUAACAACAGAAACUGAAACAUCAAAUGAUCCCAAUAAACGAAAACGACAACGGAAAUCAAGGAAACCGUCAUUUGACGCCACACCUAUUUUGACAACCUUACAAGACAUCCAAUUAGGCACAGUUAGGUUAGAUAAUAUACAUUUAAUGAAAAUGGGCAGGACUGGGCCAUCAAAGACUUAUGAAACAAUCUCCUUUUUCCCUAUUUGAUGUAUGAAUAAAAAUGUGAUGAUGAAAUAUUUA